UCGAGAAUUGGCAUUCCUUACAAUUCGAUAUUCCAGCUACAGAGUUCGAAAUCCCAACUUCAGUCAUGAGGUCUCCGUAGCAUUCUCGGAUCCUCGGCAGGAGCACUUCGCGGCAGAGCGAUUCUCCUCUUCCCAUUUUCAAUGGAUUGCAAUCAGUUUUGAAAUUUGUGUGAGAGUGUAAUGAAUUUGGUGUCUGGAAGGGAGGUAGGGGAGGUUUUCGCGCAGCUUUGUUUGAAGUAGUUUAAAGGAAGCUAGAUUGGAUUUGGAACUCGUAGAGAUGGAGCACGUGGUAAUCCUCCAGCUACUUCAGCUCGAGACGCCACUGAGCAUAUCAUUUUUCAGGAAUUUUUUGUCUCAAGGUUUGGUGUCAGUGUAAGUUCACGGCUGAGCUGCGUUUUUCUCGUUACUAGGAAAUUUGGCUCUAGGUAAUUCCUUUGUGGUACAGAAGCAGUUGAAGCGUGGCUAUAGUGUAAAAGUUGUAGAUUGGAGGGACCAUAAUAACGAGUUUUUGAAGCUGAGGAGUGGAUUUCGAUUCACGCACAGCAAGUCUGGCUCUGAGAGUAUCAUUUGGGCUUCAGAUUGGGGGUUGUUGUUCCGGGAUUGCUCGUGUUGUUAGAAUGAUACGAACUGCUCCUCCGAUUCCGGCCCCAGUUCCGCUUCCUUCAGGUGGAGGGAAUGCUCCGCAGGUAUGUGGGAGAUCGAUGAAGGCAUCGGUUGCUGUCCCACAGCGGAGUCUACGUCGAAAGCGAGUGCUAGAGCCAUGUGAAGACGACCUAGGUCCAUUUAAUGUGAAAUCUUCUGCUGCCAAGAAGCUCUUCUCUUCUCGUUCGAGUGUUGACACUUUGUCAAGUUCAACAAUCAAGAAAGUUGUAGAAAAUAAAGUGGAGGUUACCAGUAUCUCUAAGAGACUGGUAAGUACAUCACAAUGUAGUGAGGAUUUGGCCCAAGCUUAUCCCAAGUUAGCAUACUCAGAAGAAGUCGAGUCAAAGUUUGGAGGAGAGGGUUGGAAAUGGUGUAGCCUUGGAGUGGGGCGAGCGGAGCUGUGUUUGGAUUUCACUCUUCCCACAGGGCAGAGCUUCAGAUGGAGAAGGACAGGUUUAUCCCAGUACACGGGAGUGUUGGGCGCGCAUCUCAUCUCUCUCCGCCAAAUAGCUGACGAUGUUGAGUUCUUCCAUCACGCAUCGUCGUGCAAAGCGAAUGCUUCAGGCAGUGACAUCGAGAAGGACAUUCGGGAAUACUUAAACCUGGACACAAGUUUAGUAGUGCUGUACACAGAAUUUUCUGUUGCGGAUGCUCGGUUUGCAGCUGUGGCACCCUUUAUUGCUGGAGCUCGCUUGCUACGGCAGUCACCUCUAGAAUGCGUGUUCCAAUUCAUAUGUUCCUCUAAUAACCAUAUACAACGCAUCACAACGAUGGUCGAUUAUCUUUCGAGCCACGGCUCUUUCUUGGGAUCGGUAAACGGGAUUCGCUUUCAUCAAUUUCCAUCUUUAGAAGAGCUGGCUCCCAUCUCUGAAUCACAACUUCGAGAAAACGGAUUUGGAUAUCGGGCAAAAUACAUUGUUGGAGCGGUUGAAAUGCUGCGGCAGAAAGAAGGCGGAGAGCAAUGGUUAAUGUCGUUGCGGAGGCUGUCUCUUGAAGAUGCUGUCACUUCCUUGUGUACAUUACCUGGAAUUGGCCCUAAAGUGGCAGCUUGCAUUGCACUGUUUUCCCUAGAUCAGCACCAUGCCAUUCCCGUCGAUACUCACGUAUGGCAGAUUGCAGUGAAAUAUCUGUUGCCCGAGCUAGAAGGACGGAAACUCACUGUCAAGCUGCACCGUGAAGUUGCCGAAGCCUUUGUUCAGAGGUUCGGAAAGUAUGCCGGCUGGGCGCAUACAGUGCUCUUCAUUGCUGAACUUUCUUCUCAACAGAACCUCCUUCCUGCUCAUUUACGAGUUCAAAAAAAGCAGAAUGCGAAGACGUCAAAAUAGCACAGGAGCCGUAGGAAUGGAACCACCACAACGCCAGCUCCUCCACUCUAGCUUUUGCUGGAUCUUGUGUUGUUUCAAUGUAAAUACCUAUGGGCAAUUCAGCAAACAAUCAUUUGCUAGGAACAUAUGGACAAUUCCACAGGAACGAUUCACUAGAAGUCUUUCACAUGUAGUUCACAAAACGUGAAACUGAAUUGUAGUAUUUUUCAUCAAACCAGCCUGAAGAUAUUGCUAGUUAGAUUGUUUCUCUAUAGGCAAUCUCCUUCGCAUGUAAUUCUUCAAGUAAUAGCAUGUGAUAUCAACGUGGUCCUCGAUUAUCGGCAGGGUAGCCCUUCGGAAGUAAUGUCAUAAGAAUGAGAAUUAUCCGUGACACUGGUUCUUGACUUUGACAA